AUGGUCGUGGAGAAGAAUCACAACCAGUAAGUGUGUUUCCGAUGUAAAUUGUUAAGAACUGUUUUUUUGAUAAGUUCUUUGGUAAUAUUGAUUGCAAAUUGUAAAAAAUCUUUUUUUAUGUGUCUUGACAUAAAUUUAAAUUAACGUUUUUUUAUGACACAUGCGUAGUUGUUAGCACGUUUUUUGCCCAAAAAACUGCGAUUUUCAGACAGAAAGCAUUUUUUUCAGUUUGUGGUAUAAAAUUUUGGCCCUGUUUCUAUCGGACAGAUCAAAGCUUUCGAAAAAAAAAUAUUUUUUCCGCGCGAAACUGACAGGCAUAUGGCCAAAAAGCGGUAAUAAACUGGCUGCAAGACACCCCCGAAAUUUUUUGUUGUAGACAGGCUUUAUUAUACAGCAUUUUGCUCUACAAUGGUGUCACUGUAACACUCUCUUCCUUGUAAUUUUCGCAAAAAUUAGUAACAAAAGGGACUCUUUUUAAAAGUCUCAAGAUUUUACGUCAUCGCAUCCAAAUCCUCUUAGCCAAUAAUCGGAACGUCCUUGCAGGCCAGAAGGCUAUUCGUUGGUGAGUAACUCGGCGAAUACGAUGGAAACUUUGGAAGGAAACAAAAAGUUUCGGAACGUGGAAGGCAUGGGAUGGCUCGUGACCUGUCUAUUUAUCGUUGGAGAAACCGCUGGCGCUGGCCUCAUCGCCAUUCCAACCGCCGUGGUUUCGACUGGUAAGAUAUUUAGAAAUUUUGUUCGGGAGUAAAUCAAAAUUUGUGUUGCUUCAAUUUUGUAGUUUUAGAAAGAAAAAAAUGUGGAUAAGAGGGCGAUUGAUGAGGUAUUGAUUAUUCACUUUCCGCGAGGCUAAUUAAUAUAAAAUCUGAUGAAAUUCUCAAAGACAAUUUUGAUUCAUUUCGGAUUGAUGUUGUUGUUUGAACACCAACAUUUCAACAUACCAAAUUCAACGUAAAAAUUUAUACAAGACAACGCAAAUUUACUAGGAAAAUGCUCGAAGUGCAACGCUCAGAUUUUAAUGAAAUUUGGCAUUAAUUUGGUUAUUGCCUUUGGAGGCUUGUAGAAGCUACGCAAAUUCUAUUUCCUCCUGGAAAUUCAAAAAUUUUACUACCCUUUUUUGACGGGUUUGAAGCCAUUUACUCCUUUCGACCUCGUUCAACAUCCAUUUUUACAUUUCCUUUCCCUUACAGGGCUUCUCGGCGGAAUUCUCAUCAUCACGUUGGGCGCUGCCGCCUGCGCUUACACCGGUUACCUCCUCUCCGAAAACUGGACAAUCCUCCAGACCCGAUGGCCCGAGUAUCGAAAUCAUUGUCGAAAACCCUACCCAGCCAUGGGAUUGCGGGCGAUCGGGCCUUGGUUCAGCACAAUUGUCUCGUGUUGCUUGAAUAUCACCAUGUUCGGAACUGCUGUGGUGUUCUUGUUGUUGGCUGCUAAGAAUCUGGAGAGUUUCAUGCACGCCUAUGGGGGAAUUCAUAUUGGAUUCUGUUAUUUGGUUGUUAUCGUGGCCAUUUUUAUGUUGCCAUUGACGCUGUUCAAGAGUCCGAAGGAUUUUUGGUAAGGCCGGUUUUAAGAGGGGCAUUCCCUAAAAAUCUUAGCUCCUGUUUAGAAUUAUUUAAUAUAACGAUCCUUUCGGGGAAAGAUUACAGAAGAUGAUGACUUAAUCAGGCAAAAUUUUUUGAUUUUUUCCCGGGAAGCCGCAAUUUUCUGUGGAAAUCUUAAACUCCCUUUUGAGGCUAACUUUCAUCCAGAAUACAAAUUUUUUUUGCAAUGGAUGACAAUUCAAAAAAAUCUUUCUUUAGGUGGGCCGUGAUUGUCGCCAUGAUCACUACAUUUAUCGCUGCUGCCAUGAUUAUGUAUGGAGCUUACAAAGACUUUGACGCUUGCAUUCGACAUGUCGAUUACCCGCCAAUUUCCACUUCAAAGUAAGACUUAUACAUUUUUUAUCUUCCCCCUUUGGCUAUGGGUAUCUAAAAAGCUUCAGGCGUAUAUUACCAAUGACAAACAUAAUAAAAAUUUUCAGAUUUUUCAUGUGUUUCGGGACGGUCAUGUUCGCUUACGGAGGUCAUGGCGCUUUCCCAACUAUUCAGCAUGACAUGAAGAGGCCAUAUCACUUCAAACGAUCGGUCUAUCUUGCAUUUUUGAGUAAGUGGACGUCUGAAAAUUGCUGACAAAACUUUCUAAAGCCAUCUCAACUCUUAUGGAUAAUUUUAUUUUUAGUUAUCUUCCUAAUGUAUGUUCCGGUGUCCAUUUUCGCUUACAUCACCUAUGGUGGAAGUCUGAGAGACUCAGUGAUCCCAUCGAUCCAAGGUUUCUACCUUCAACAAGGAGUCAAUAUUCUGAUUACUUUACACGUUAUGAUGGCGUUGACAAUCAUGUUCAAUCCGCUGAAUCAGGAGUGGGAAGAGCUGCUGAAUGUUUCUCAGGGUGAGCGGAAAUAUUACAUAGAUUUAAUUAGGGCUGUAUAUCAGCGAAAAUUUCAAGUGCGGUUUAGGGAAUACGCAAAAUGCGGAGAGUGGCCAAAAGAUUACGCAAAAUAGGCAAUAAAAUGUUCAAAAAAAUUGUUUUUUUCUCUGGCCGCUUUCCGCAUUUUCCGCACCUCAUCAUCGGCAAAGAUCGUUUAGCUCUUUCUUUCAAGUUUUCAUAUAAACCUCAUCCUCUAAAUUUUCAGAGAUGGGAAUUGGCCGAGUUCUGGCCCGUUCGGCGAUGAUGGCCUUUGUUGUUCUUGUCGCCGAGACCGUCCCCAAUUUCGGUGUGCUUUUGGACUUGGUUGGAGGCUCAACAAUCACCUUGAUGGCCUUGGUUUUUCCCGUCGUUUUCAACCUGUUCUUGAGCACAGGGAAGGCAAAGCAUGGUGGCUAUAUUGCGGCGCAGGAAGAGGAUCCUCCGAGCUUGGCUGAGUAAGUUUUACAGGGCCAGUUUUGAAUUUUACGGUUAUUUUAUAAGCCAAAAAAUUUUGAAAAAAUGGAAAAACAGCAAUUUGGAUUUUUAAACUUAAAAUUUUUUUAAAAUUUUUUACCAUUUUUUAAAACCAGAAAAAUCUUUGGUCUCUUUAAAAAAAUUUUAUAUUUUUCAUGUGUGAUUUCUAGUCAAAACAAAUAUAUAGAUUCUUCGCUAGCCAGACAUAUUACAACGCUUUACAUUUUGUUUUCAGAGUGUGGAAGUACACUCCGUCUUCGAAGAAGCUGAUCUUCUCCCUGAUUUUGGUGUUCGCAGUGUGCGGCGGAACUGCUGGCACAGUCUCCGCGAUGAAUGCAAUGUUCAAUUCGGAGUUCAGUGCCCCAUGUUAUGCCGGGAUCUUCUCGAAGCAGUUGGAUGCGCCGGUUUUGGAGGAGCAAUUACACAACAACUGGACUGUCUUGUAAGUUUUUAUACCGAAUUUUUUGUUAUUUGAAGUAGUUUAAAAUUGUCUUAUUUGUUGGAACUCAAUUUCUUGUUGUCUGUAUUGUUAAUAGUUUUUGUCUCUGAAAGGCCAAAGUACAAAGAAAAUUUCGGGGAUUUUCAAGGUCAUUUUUUAGGGGAAAAAUGAUAUUUCCCUUGUCUUUUCCAGUACAGGGUAGUUCACUCAUUGUCAGAGCCCCCAAAUUUGCUUCAGGUAUACCUGCUCAAAUAAUGCAAAAAUUUCUAUAAAAUUUUAAUCACAUUAAAGAUGGGGCACCCCAUUUUUUUUACCAAGUUUGACGGGUCUACAUUCACGAAGGCCCUUGUACUGAUCUCUGACAUUUUCAUUCAAAAUUUUUUCCCCGAAACCGUGGAAACCUUAAAAAUUUUUUUGAUGAUCCCCAUGCCUUACACAGUCCCAGCCUUAGCUUUAUUUAUAUUUCAUCCCAAUCUUUCCAUUUAACGGCGAGUUCAUCCCAUUUCAAUUGAUGAUGACAAUUCCCAUUUCAGAGCCCAUGGAAAGUUCAAUUGUUGCGGCGUCGGGAAGAACAUCUCGCGUUUCGGUCAUCCGGAAGUCUUCUGUUUGGAUCCGAACAGUCAAGUGUCCCAUGGAAGUCAUGGAUAA